AUGACAACUCAAGACUUAUCCACUCAAGUACGUCCACUACGUUUUGUAUAUGAACAAGACAUGAGUGAAAAAGCUCAUGGACGACGACUUACUGUACAGGAACUGCUCACCGACGGUAGUCAUAACACAAAUAUGAACACCGCAGUCAACAAUAACGCUACGGUACAUCCACAUAAUCCCAACUACCAUUCGACGUAUCCGUCACAAAGUCGCAACAUGAACGUAACUCAGCAUCAACACAACCACUUAUCAACGCGGGACGUUGAUUCAGCAGAGAACAACACUUUGUAUCCGCAGCAUUUGACUAUUCCCGAUAAGCCAGAUUACCCGCAACUAUUGACUCCCUCAACAUCACCAUGUAUCAAUAAACCGGGCACAGAGAUGAAUUACGGAAGUAACAACAAUCACAGCAACCACAGCGACCGCAAAGAACACAACCAUCACAAUCAAAUAAACUACGCUAAUAGCCUAAGUCCACCGCCUACACAUCGUGCUCAACCUCACCAUCAUCUGCCCGCUCAUCCUCAUACGCCCGCCCCCACACCAUCCCCUUACUACACAGCCAUGCCACCCACACCUCUUCCUAUGGAUGACAAUACGGGUGGCAUGACAAUAUCAUUAUCCGAACGACGCGAGCGUAAUAAGCUAGCUUCGGCCAAGUAUCGUAAAAAGAAACAAAUACAAAAUCAAGAAAUGUCUGCUCGUAUAAACGACAUGAAUUCCAAAAUAAGCUCGUUGAAUGCCGAAAAUUCAAUGUUGCGAAAACAAUUGGAAGAAAUGAAGGUAGAAAACCAAGAAUUGAAGGAUGCCGUUGAUAAAUUAAAGAGUAAGAUAGUCGAAGAUAAAAUACUAAAGAGGUUAGGUAGGACGGGAGCAACGGGAAAGAUUGGAAAGAUCGGGACAAGGGUUACUAUACCAAAGAGGGGAAAAGGAAAUAAUGGAACGAAUGGUAUCGAGCAGACAUCGCCAGAUGAAUAG